AUUACACCGUAAUAACGCGCAAGAGUUUCCCGCGAAUUUGUGAGCGUGACCAUUGUCAAACCAAUAUGUCAUCUCCAUUAACUCCUAGACGAAGAAGUAAGCGUCAGAGGCAAGAGGAAAACGGCAGCCCUACGUCCGAGUCGUCUGCUCCACUUACACCAAGGAGAAGUGCAAGAAAGUCAAAACCAACAGAGGAUGAGGCGUCUUCCCCGCCAUCUCAGAGACGCAGGGUGGAGCCUGGCUCAGGGGGAGACAAUGCCGCUCAGCCAUCCUCGCCAGCUGCUGCGGGGGGUGGGGAAUCCUCAUUGUUUUCAAGUCCACCACAGUCCAGAGCUGGAGCGCCAACCAGUGAGAUUGACCUGAGCUCUCCACUUAACUACGGUACACCCAGCUCAAGGGGCCCGCGAACUCCAGGUGUGGGUGAGACGCCCAUCAGACAUCGCCCGGACAUUCACAGUGAGCGUAAGAUGAGGACGGUUAACAUUGGCGGCACUGACCCAAGUGAGCCUACAAGGAUGACAAGCGAGAUAACCAGCGAUACUAACGCCGGCCCGCAGCUGGUUAUAUGGGGAACCGAUGUGGUAGUGAGCCACUGCAAGGAGAAGUUCAGGAGGUUUAUCACGAAGUAUGUUGACAAGAAUGUGGCAGAAGAUGAGACAUUUGAAGGGAUGGAUAUCUCUCAACCAUACUACCUUCAGAGGCUUGAGGAGAUCAAUGUGAUUGGUGAGCCGUUCCUGAACAUUAACUGCGAGCAUCUUCGCGACUUUGAUGCAGACCUGUACCGCCAGCUGAUCAACUACCCCCAGGAGGUGAUCCCUACGUUUGACAUGGCGGUGAACGAGAUGUUCUUUGACCGGUAUCCCGCCGCUGUGUUGGAGCAUCAAAUACAGGUGCGCCCGUACAACGCAGAGAAGACAAGGAAUAUGAGGUCCCUCAACCCAGAAGAUAUUGAUCAGCUGAUCACAAUCAGUGGCAUGGUGAUCCGGUUAUCUCACCUGAUACCCGAGAUGCGGGAGGCGUUCUUCCAGUGCUACGUGUGCCACAACACAACCACCAAGGAGAUCGAGAGGGGCCGCAUCGCUGAGCCCACGCUGUGCACCAACUGUAACACCAAUCACAGCUACGCCCUUGUUCACAACCGAUCGCAGUUCAGUGAUAAACAGCACAUCAAGCUACAGGAAUCGCCAGAUGACAUGCCGCCCGGUCAGACCCCACACACCGUGGUGCUGUACGCCCACAGCGACCUGGUAGACAAGGUGCAGGCCGGAGACCGGGUCACCAUCACAGGGAUCUACCGCGCCAUGCCCCUCAGGGUGAACCCUCGCAUGCGAAAUGUCAAGUCUGUCUACAAGACACACAUUGAUGUGGUACACUUCAGAAAGAUGGAUGUCCGCCGACUGCACGAGGCCGAGGAUGAUGAAACGAAGACCUCAAGACUGCCUAAGGAACGUGUGGAACAGAUUAUUAAACUGUCUAAAGAGCCAGAUAUUUAUGAGAGACUUGCCAGAGCUAUAGCCCCAAGCAUCUAUGAAAACGAUGACAUCAAGAAGGGGAUUCUGAUGCAGCUGUUUGGAGGAACAAGAAAGGAUUUCACCAGCACAGGGAGGGGAAAGUUCAGGUCCGAGAUGAACAUCCUGUUAUGUGGAGACCCGGGUACCAGCAAGUCUCAGCUGCUGCAAUAUGUGCAUCAUCUGGUUCCCCGUGGCCAGUACACGUCUGGCAAGGGGUCCAGUGCCACUGGUCUAACCGCAUACAUCACCAAGGACCCGGACACCCGGCAGCUUGUGUUGCAGACAGGUGCCCUCGUGCUCAGUGAUAAUGGCGUCUGCUGCAUCGACGAGUUUGACAAGAUGAACGAUAGCACAAGAUCUGUGCUCCAUGAAGUUAUGGAGCAACAGACCCUGUCCAUCGCGAAGGCAGGCAUUAUCUGUUCCUUGAACGCCCGCACGUCAAUCCUGGCUGCUGCCAACCCUGUAGAGUCGCAGUGGAACAAGAACAAGACCAUCACAGAGAACAUCAUGCUGCCGCACACACUGUUGUCCAGAUUUGACCUGAUUUUCCUGAUUCUGGACCCUCAAGACGAGCUGUAUGAUCGGAAGCUGGCCAGCCAUCUGGUCUCGCUCUACUUCCAUGCCCAGGAACAAGAAGAGGAGGAAUUCUUGGAUAUGGGCAUACUGAGGGACUACAUCGCCUACGCCAAGGUUGAGGUCUCGCCCAAGAUCAGCGAGGAUGCAGGACAAGCUCUGAUCCAGGAGUAUGUGAACAUGCGCAAGAUCGGCAGUGGGCGUGGCCAGGUGUCUGCGUAUCCACGACAACUGGAGUCACUGAUCCGAUUGGCUGAAGCUCACGCUAAGAUGAGGCUGAACGACACUGUGCAAGUAGCGGAUGUGGAAGAAGCAAUGAGGCUGUACAAGGAAGCCCUGAAGCAGGCUGCAGUUGAUCCCAGCACGGGCAAGAUAGACGUCAGCAUCCUGACUACAGGCAUCAGUGGGGCGGCACGCAAGCGCAAGGCUGAGGUCACGCAGGCGCUGAAGAAGAUGAUCCUGGAGAAGGGCAAGGUGCCCACACUGAAACAGGCCAAGCUGUAUGAGGAGCUGAGGGAGAGAUCUGACCUGCCUGUACCCAAGGACCUGUUUGAAGAGGCCUUGAAGGAACUGCAGGACGAAGACUUCCUCAUAGUCACCAACAAGGUCAUCCGACUAUGCAGCACGUAAAUCACGUGCCACACCUGGCAACCAAUAGAAGGGGGCACUGUUAUUAGGGGUGUUUCACAAGAUAUUAUAGACACUGGAAUAAUGAUAGAAAAUAUGGGCUGCGUCGUGAAAAUAAAUGCCUUAAUGACAAGAUUUUUCAUUUUCAGUAUUUAAUGCAAUUUAAUAGUAUAAUUUAUGUGUAGAAUAUUGGUGCAAACAGAUUUGAAAUCAGAAAAUAGAUGCCGAAGAUAGGCGCAAUGACGUUACGUCACUAAAGCUCUCCAUUUUUAUGUUGACGUCGAUAUUAUUUUAGACGAGCUCACGAUGUCGGAUAUAUUUCUGCAGGAGGACACUUCACUCUUCGACAAAUGAUUCAUAGAUUACUUGUGAUUCAAUCCAGAGAGCUGUCUACAAAGACUUUGUUUUGCUUCUUUAGAAGAAUUGAUAUCUAACAGACUCUCAGCCUUGAUCAAAGGGGGAGUACACCUUUUGGUGACAAGGUGAUCGAUGGUGGCCAGUAUGGAGAAAUGACCAAUGGUAUACGUGACCGCGAGGUGCGCAAGUAUGUAGAAAUGACCAAUUGUAUCCGUUACCAGGAGGUGCGCCAGUAUCAGACAGAUUUCCAUCUGGUCAGGAUCUAUUUCGUGAUGCAAUGCUACAAUGCCUACAUGGAGUCCAUCAGGGGAUUGUAACCUGUCAACAGAAACAGAAAACCAAAGGCUGAUUGUCAUGACAAAAGGCACAAAUUUGUAAGAACUAAUACAGAAAAUCCAACAUUUACUAAUGCCAGUACUGGGUUUGUGGCUGCAAGUGAAAUGUAUAACAUUGCUGUGAACAAGUCUCCAAGAAAAGAAACGCCUGCAAAUUUUGAUUCUCAUUCAUCUCGAAAAGUACCAAAACAAUUUAAGCAAAUACAAAAUCAAGGGAGCAUUUUGAACUUCUUAAUGCAAUGACCAAAUAAAUUAGAAUGUCUAUCAGGUUCCGUCUUCAAUCCUUCAACUCUGCCUACAAUCCAGGUUAUGAAAGACAAUAGCAUGGAUUCUACACUCUCCAACUGGUGUAUUAAUAUGAAAUAUCAAUUUCAUAAAUUCUUCUGAAUCCUAAAUACAAUAAUAUCUAUUUGAAAGGGGUGUACUGUAAUACAAAAUAUUACAUAAAUGUUAACUUUAUCAUCAAUGUCAUGAAGGCAGGUUUUGUCGCGACGCAGCCCAUAUGUAUUUGUGUAAUUCUGCAUUUUGUUCUGGUUAUAUUGUUAAUUGUGAGUUUGUAAAAAUGUCCUGGAUCUGUGAGUUUGUAAAAAUGUCCUGGAUCUUUAUAUAGGCUAUUUUGUUACCGGGGCCAUAGAUGUAAAUACUUGUUGGUAACUUGUUAAACAAAGAGAAAGAACAAAAAUCUGGCUUUUUAUUGGUAAAUUAAAAGAUGUAAAUCAUCAGUUGUGUUAGCAAGAUACCUAUUUUCAAUUAAUAAAAUGCAAUUAAAAAUAAUUUUCCGUUCUUGUCUUUAAUUUUUCUUACUUACUGUAAGAAGGUAAGGACCAGAUAAGCCAAAUGAACAAUAUUGUACUUUUGAACAUCAAUGUGCCUGUUUAAAUAAAGCCAUUUACUUAUUAAAUUUCUGUGACAUGUAUGUUAAUGUUAUACAUAAUUCUUUGAAUUAUAAAAAUGGGAUUUUGUCAUAGAUUUAGAAGUUGUUUGAGACAAUAAUAUAAAUGAACAUUUAUCCUGUGGAAGGGAUGGCAAGCCCAUAUAAGCUUACUUGUCUAUUAUGGAAAAUUCGUCUGUAUAGCAAUUUUUGUUAAGCCUGUAUAACAUCUCUAUGAUCAAGGUCAAACAUUGUGGUAAAAUGUUAAAUUGUAAGUCUGCAAAACAGCUCGUCCUGAUGGUGUGCAAGUUUUAAAAUAAUUUACUUAUGUGAACCAUGUUGAGAAUGUGUGUCACAACUUAGUGAAAGGUUAAGGCCAUAGGUCAAGGCCACACUACAGGCCAUAGGUCGACCAUGUGCAUGAUUCUGCUUGUUAAAUAAUUAAAAGCAUUAUGAAUUGUGUUUUAUUUAUAGAAAUCAUGUAAAUCAGUUAAUUAGUGUUUAGGUACCAUCUACAUGGUGGCAUCUCCCAAUUGUACGAAUUGUCUGUAUGUGCUCAUGUUUUUUUUUGCUUGAAACAUUGGCCAAUUUCAGCACAGGAUAUGUUGGUAUUAUAUAAUCAAAGUGUAAAGAUUGUAACUCUGUUAUAAAAGUGCUUCAUUUAUGUCAAAAAAAGUUACAAUGUGUAUAAGACGAGAUAAUUAAACCAUUUAUUAGAA